UACACACAGCCACGGUGGUGGUGUUUGCCAUUGUGAAGAUGGAUGGAAGGGAACUGAAUGUGAUAUACCAGUUAUGGAAUGUGAGCUUCCAAGUUGCUCAAAUCAUGGACGCUGUAUUGAAGGGGACUGUCAUUGUGAAAGAGGUUGGAGAGGACUGUACUGCGAAAAACCUGACUGUUUUGACCCAUCAUGUUCUGGACAUGGUACAUGUGUUUCUGGUCAAUGUUACUGCAAGGCUGGAUGGCAAGGAGAGGAUUGUAGCAUCGUUGACCAGCAAGUUUAUCAGUGCCUGCCUACAUGCUCUGAUCAUGGCAACUACGACUUAGAAACAGGUUCUUGUAUUUGUGAUCGUCAUUGGACAGGAACUGAUUGUUCAAAAGCGGUUUGUAGUAUGGACUGUGGACCGAAUGGUAUAUGUGAAUCAUCACGAUGUCGAUGUAGCACAGGAUGGACCGGAAAUCUGUGUGACCAGCUAACCUGCGAUCCUAGAUGUGCAGAGCAUGGCCAGUGCAAAAAUGGAACCUGUGUUUGCUCACAGGGAUGGAACGGAAAACAUUGUACAUUACCUGGUUGUGAAAAUGGAUGUUCCCGUAAUGGACAAUGUACACUAGAAAGUGGUGAAUAUCUUUGCGUCUGUAUUGAAGGAUGGGCUGGAAACGAUUGCUCCAUUGCCUUGGAAAUGAGCUGCAAAGAUAAUAUGGAUAAUGACAACGACGGCAUGACCGACUGUUCCGAUAGUGAAUGCUGUACUCAUCCAAUAUGUACUGAACACAUUAUGUGUCUCGCUUCGAACGACCCAGUAGAGGUGUUACUCCGUAAGCAGCCACCUUCUGUCACUGCAUCGUUUUAUCAGAGAGUAAAAUUCCUAAUUGAGGAAAACUCGGUUCAAUCCUAUGCUCAUAUGGAUGAAUACAGUGAAAGUGAGUUCUGGAAUUCUUUCACUCCGUGUCGAGUUUCGGUAAUGCGUGGCCAAGUCAUUACACCUCAAGGAUUAGGUAUUAUCGGCAUACGCGUUUCGGUGGAUCGAGAUUCAAGAUUUGGUUUUACUCUCACGCGUCAAGGUGGAUGGUUUGAUAUACUGGUAAAUGGUGGAGGAGCAGUUACAUUGCAAUUUCAACGAUCUCCAUUUAAACCACUAACCCGUACAGUAUUUGUGCCUUGGAAUCACAUCGUGGUUCUUUCCCCUAUUCAAAUGCAACUAAAUGACGAUGAUGAUCAUUCCAGAUUAGCCACCAGGUAUUCGCCACUCAAUCCAGCAAACAGUUUUCUAAACACACCACAAUAUCGCUUCUUGGAAGAUAGUGCUUCUCCAGUUACGAUUUGUCUUGAGCACGAUCACGAACUGCUUAAACCACAAUUGAUAAGCACUUGGAUGCCGAACGGAGUAGGUUCUAUGCCAGGAAAAAAUUUAAUUUUCGCCGAAACUCAGAUUGUACAAGAAUCUAUUCGAAUACCUGGUUCGGAGCUCAAUUUAAUGUAUCAGUCGUCACAAGCCUCAGGAUAUAAAAGUGUCAUACGAAUGCAACUUACACAUGAGAAAAUACCGGAAUCAUUGACACAUGUUCACAUUGGCGUGCAAAUAGAAGGUUCUCUGUACGUAAAAACUUAUGAGGCAGAUCCAAACUUAAGCUAUAUAUACGCAUGGAACAAACGAAAUGUAUAUAAACAGAAAGUUUAUGGUACCGCUCUCGCACGGAUCUCUGUUGGUUAUGAACACUCUACUUGUAAGGAUAUUAUAUGGGAAACACAAACCGUCAAAUUGCAAGGUUUUGACGUGGACAUAUCAGAUAUCGGUGGUUGGAGUUUAGAUAUCCAUCACCACUAUAAUUUUCAUGAAGGCAUUCUUCAGAAAGGCGAUGGAACAACACUUCAUUUUAAAGAAUAUCCUCGAGUAAUAAGACGAGUUCUUGGCGAUGGUCAACAAAGACCUCUCAAAUGUAAAGACUAUUGUAAUGGGAUUUCUGAACAUGCUCGGCUUUUAACUCCUGUGGCUUUAGCCUCUGGUCCAGAUGGCAGUCUUUACAUAGGAGAUUUUAACCUUGUUCGACGCAUCACUACCAACGGUAGUGUGAUCACCAUUCUGGAAUUAGAAACUACACAAAUCGCAUAUCAGUACUAUCUGACCGUUUCUCCUGCAGACGGACAUCUCUACAUUUCAGACCCUGAAAAACAUAAAAUUUUGAUAAUAAUACAAUUAGAAAAUGUUCCUGAUCCAAGCGCUAACAGUGACGUGGUAGUAGGAAGUGGUCAAAGAUGUAUUCCGGGUGAUGAAGAAAGUUGCGGGGAUGGUGGACCUGCGAAAGAAGCUAGAUUAUCCCACCCUAAAGGAAUAGCUAUAGCUGCUGACAAAACUAUGUAUAUAGCUGAUGGUACUAAUAUAAGAGCUGUUGAUCCGGACGGCAUUAUUCAUACACUUAUAGGGCAUCAUGGACAUCACCAGCACUGGAGCCCAGUUCCUUGCCAUGGAGCAUUACUUGCAACUAGAUCACAGCUACAGUGGCCAACAGGCUUGGCUUUAAAUCCUCUGGAUAGCUCGCUACACUUCAUCGAUGACAGAAUUGUAUUAAAACUAACAGUUGAUAUGAAAAUCAAAGUUGUUGCCGGGAUCCCUCUACAUUGCAGUGGUAACGAUGAUCAUAACAAAACAUCGUCUAAUGGCGCACUUGGAACGGUGGUGGCAAUUGCUUUCGCGCCUUCUGGUGACCUGUACGUUGUAGAUACAGAUUCAAGAAGAGUGAAUUCCAUACAUGUUGUGGAUUCUGCCGGUAAUAUGCGUUCGUUUGUGGGCGGCGUAGAAAAUGGAAUGCAAACAUGCGAAUGUAAUACCGGAGCUUUGAACAAUAAUGAAACGAGCAACCCCAUUAAUGAAGGUCAUAGUUACAAUAGUACUAUAGCGAUUCCUCCAAGACAUCGCUACAAUGGAAUAGAAUCAGGAGCACCAACGUCAACACAACUCAAUUAUAUACGAACAGCAACGAAUGGCUGCUCUUGCCAUGAUUAUGGCAAUGCAAAUAAUUUCUCCGGUGAUGGUAGUAACAAAAAUAGAAAAACCAACACCCCUUUUCUAUUCUCAGAUGCAGUACUAUCUUCUAACAUCAAAUUUCAGACUAUCUCUGGAAUCGCAGUAUCUCAAGAUGGUAUUAUAAAUAUUGCAGAUAAAGGUUCUCUUCGCAUCUUGGCGUUACAACAUUAUCUACCGCAACAUGAUAAUAAUGGAGAGUUUCAAAUCCCAUAUACACCGUCGAAUGAAAUGUAUGUCUUCAAUCGUUACGGACAGCAUGUUGCUACUAAAGAUUUAUCAUCGAGUAAAACACGGUACUCAUUCCUGUACUCGAAAAAUACCAGCUUUGGAAAACUUUCCACCGUUACCGACAGCUCUGGUAAUAAAAUACAAUUCCUGCGUGACUACAGCAAUGUAGUGAGUUCGAUUGAGAAUACGGAUCAUAAAUCUGAAUUAAAAAUAUCUUCAAAUGGAAUGUUAACGAAGAUUUUUGAAAGAAAAGGAAAAUCUGAGCUGCAGUUUGACUACGAUAGUAAUACUGGCCUUCUUGUCAGCCGGACCGGAAAUGGUGAAUCGUUCAUGUACCACUACGAUGAAUAUGGUCGCUUGUCAAGAGGCAUCUUACCUAGCGGUGAAGUUUAUGAAAUUGAAACUGUUCUAGGGGAAAAAUAUGAAGAUUUGGGAGUUCGCGUAAUAAAAAGUAUCGAUUCACAUUUUGCGCAAAUAGAGGGUAUACCAACUACAUUCUCAUUAACUGGAGGUAUCAAAAAUGCUAUUAUUCAAAGAGAAGAACAAAUUACCGUUGCGAAAAUGAGUCAUAUAAAUAAUACAUUGUCAGUUUGGUGCACAGAUGGAAUCACUAUAGAAUCGUCCGCUAUAGCUGCUCAUCCGUAUUUAGAGAAAAUAUUACCAAUCGAAGCUGAGAUAUUGCCUAUGUGGUCCCAUCAGACCGUUAAAAUAGGAGAAAGUUUGGUCAAUUCAAUGUAUUCAAAGUAUAAUUAUGCAAAUAACGAAAGUAAUCCUGUUUCACAUCAACAUUUCAUUCAUGAAAUAUAUGUGAACAAUAGCAAAGUAUUUCAAGUUACUCAUAAACAAUUACAAAAUCGUGAAUUAUUUAUGAACAAGUUCAAUGAAGUUAUUCUGGAGAUACUGUAUGAUCAAUCCGGCCUUCCAAUAUCAUACUAUCCAGGAGGCGAAAACAGUAUUUUUUUUCCACUGAAUAUUACAUAUGACCGAUACAACAGAAUAGAAGGUUGGCAAUGGGGUCCAGCUGAAUUAAAAUAUAACUAUGAUAUAAAUGGGCUUCUCUCGGAAGUAACCAGUCAGCAGGAUGGAAUGAUAUCAUACUCUUAUAAUAAUCUUAAUUUACUGUCGGAGAUUUCUUUGGGUAGUCAAAGAAAGUUUAAAUUGACUUAUGACGACAAUGGAGGAAUACGUCAUAUCAUAUUGCCCAGCGGCACAAAGCAUUCCCUGAGUAUUCAACCUUCUAUUGGGUUCGUAAGAUUCACAUACACUCCACCUGGUAGUAAUAAACCCUAUCUUCAACAUUAUUCUUAUUCGGGUGCACUUCUACAAACUGUGUAUCCAGGUGACGGUGCACGUAUUAUCUAUCGAUAUAAUAAUUUGAACUUGUUAUCUGAGAUCGUUCACGGAGACGGACGCACCGAAUUCAACUAUGGUACAGCCUCUAACAUGCUUUCUGUUAUUUUUCACACAGAGCGAGAUCUAGAAUAUCGAUGGGAUUUUGACUAUAUCGGUGAACUUUUAUUGGAAGAACGUGUUGAUUUUUCUGCUAAAACUGGCCUAUCAAAUGCUAAAUUCAGUUACAGUUACGACAACAAUUUUCGACUGAUUUUGAUUCAGGGACGCAUUGGCGGACAAAAUCUGCAAAAUCAAAUCUUAGACUACAAUGAUAAAACAGGUAGCUUAUCCCGAAUCGGUCUGUUCAAAGUUUCCAGUCCAACUGCCAAUCUAACUACCAUAGGUGAUGGAACAGCUAUAUUUGCUCGGACCAUAAAUAGCCGCUUCUUGGAAACUUUAAAAACCGUUACAAUACAUAGAAUGGCUGUUUUCAGAAUGGAAUUCACACAUGAUAUGCAUGGCAGAAUUGUACAAACUAGAACAUACACCAGAAAUGUAGGCGUCAAUACGUAUACUAAUAUUAAAAAUUAUACCUGGGAUUGUGAUGGUCAGUUAAUUGGUGUUGAAGCACAAGAGCCAUGGGGCUUUCGAUAUGAUGAUAAUGGAAACAUGUUGUCACUUACUUAUAGAGGAAACACGAUACCAAUGGAAUAUAGCAGCAUGGAUCGGAUUUUGAAAUUUGGCGAGGGCCCGUAUAAAUAUGAGGCUCGAGGGCUGGUAGCACAAAAUGCACGCGAAGAACGUUUUUAUUACAAUACACAAGGUUUGUUGGUGAGAGCAACUAAACGUGGUCGCUUUGAUGUGCGUUAUUAUUAUGAUCACCUAAAUCGCUUGUCAACCAGAAAAGAUAAUUUUGGUAACAUAACCCAAUUCUUCUACAAUAAUCAACAGCGUAUAAAUGAAGUUAGUCAAAUUUAUUCACCACGUGAUGGCAAGCUGAUGUCACUUAUUUAUGACGACCGAGGACAUUUGAUUUAUGUUCAAAUAUAUAGGCACAAAUAUUACAUAGCCACAGACCAAUGUGGAACGCCAGUAAUGAUAUUUAACCAGUAUGGAGAAGGAAUUAGAGAAAUUAUGCGCUCUCCUUAUGGUCAUAUUGUUUACGACUCCAACCCAUAUCUUUAUAUGCCUAUAGAUUUCUGUGGAGGGAUACUCGAUCAGAUUACAUCACUUGUACACAUGGCGAACGGUAAAGUUUACGAUCCGUUGAUAGGACAGUGGAUGACACCGGAUUGGGGACAUAUCGCUCAACGAAUCGGGAACCCGACGCGACUUCAUUUAUACCGUUAUAAUGGAAACGAUCCUAUCAAUCGUGAAUAUAAUAGAUAUCAUCCUAAUGAUAAUCUCGCAUGGAUUCAGCUGAUGGGGUAUAAUAUCCAAAGCUUGGUUCCACAAGCUAAUGAACGAUUAUUUGGACAAAAGACCCCUUGGAGCCAAAGCCGGAACAAUCAGCUUUUUUCCCAUCUUAGACUAAAUACGGAUAGGUCUGAAUUUACCGCGAUACAAUCUGGUUUUUUAUCUUAUCUAUCAAUGCGCAAAAUAAAAUCUCCAUUGGAUGUAAUAAGAUCAUCUACAUCAACCCUCAAUUCGUAUACAACGAAUGAAGUUUCUUUCAAAAUUGGUGCUGCAUCAGAUCCACCGUUUGGUAGAGGAAUCAUCGUAUCUCGCACACAUGAAGGAAAAGCUAUUGUAUCCAGUGUAUCUUCAGCUAACUCUAUCUAUCGUGAUGUUUAUACUUCGGUAUUUAAUGGGACUCAUCUUUUGCCAUUUUCUUUUGUGGUGCAUAACUCACUUCAAGAUGCCUUUUUUUUCGUGAAAGAAGAUGCGUGGCGAUCAAAUGAAGAUAGACAACAACUCAAACGAUUGCAAGGUCAAGUUAAUACUACAUUCCAUGAGGAAAUGCGAGAAAAUGGAAUCGGAAAUAAUCAUUUUGAUGUGAAAUUGCACAUCCAAAAUGCAGUGAUAAAUCUUAAAUAUGGUACCACAGUGGAAAAAGAGCGUCAGAGAUUGAUGCACCACGCCAAACUUCAAGCUGUACGUAAAGCUUGGUAUCGGGAAAAAGAGCUUUUACGUAAUGGACUUAUCAGUAGUUAUGACUGGACUGCGCAAGAAACUGAUGAUAUUAUUAAAAAAGGAUAUGUGAAUUUGUAUGAAGGCGAAUAUAUACACGAUACAUCACAAUAUCCAGAAAUGCUUGAGGAUCCUUUCAAUAUUCGAUUUAUAAAAAAAAAAAAUAAUCAAUCCAGAAAACGAAAACGGAGAAAUAUUGCAUCGAAUAAUUUCAGCCAUAACAAAUCUUUGUUGACAUGUAGUAGCAGUCACUGUUAGCUAAAAAAAAUGCAGUUAAUAUUCAAAACUCGCGCAAAGUUCCGAUACGAACAAAUGAACAUAUUAGAGCACCUAUAGAGACUAAUGGCGGCGAUUCGAGCUUUGAAGACUGUCGCGAAAUAGUAGAAAAGCAUAUUAAUAAUUUAAAACGUAAAACAAUAAAUAUUAAGUAUAGUAUGUGUAUGUGUGUGACUGAUAAAGGCAAAAUAGAGAAAAUGUAAUUGAGAGCGACCGAGAGGGAUAUAGAAAGUCAGAGAGCUAAUGCGAUUGAUAAAGAGAUAGACACAUAGAGAGAAAAAAAGGAAGAAAGAAAAAAAGAAAGAAAGAGAGGAAAGAUGUAACUAUUUACCGCAGAUUACUAAAAAUAAAUUUAAGCGCAAAAAUAGACGAUAUAUUUAAAUACUGUACAAAUUAAUUUAUAUACUCAUAGAAAUGAAAUAUCAAACCAGGCAGAUAGAUUAUCCCUGUACCUACCGCAAGAUAUUCUGACAAAAGUAAUGUGUUUAUUAAUACCAGAUACGCCCUUUUUACUUUAUUGAAAACAUGGCGUUGGUACAGUCUGAACAGCGCCAAGUAAAUAUUAAUCAUUUGCUUCAUAACGCAUUGAUCAUAUUUCACUGGAAUGUUUCAAAAAAUGUAAGCUUGUUUCAACAAUAACAAAACAAAACAAAAAUGCAUCCAUCAUCAUGGGUCGAAAGUUUCUCUAUUGUUAGUUAAUGAAAAUAUUAGAUUGAAAAAAAAGGUGCCAUAGUACUCGCAGAAUCCUAUGAUACUGAAUUUCGUUGUUCUGGACUUUUCAGCAAAGCCUAAAAGUAUCGUGUUAAUAACGAUGAUUGUCAUGUGGAAAGACAUAUAAUUAUUCGAAAACACAGACCAUUGAUGCAUCCGCAGUUGACAGAGGUAUAGUCCGAUUUUUUUUUGAAACUGCCAUGCGAAAUCAAAUAUAGAUUUACUCGUAGGAAAAUACAAAGUAUCUAAAUUACUGCUAUAGUACUAUGUAUUUUGGAAGUACAUAUUAUAUAGAACAGCUAUUUGACGUACAGAACUAAAACUAUGUAAUAAAGUGUCUAAUUUAUUAGUAUGUACAAUUUCAAAGAAA